AUGACCAUAAUGAAAGUCAACGUUGCUCAACAGCACGCUGAGCCAAACAGUAGAGUAUUCUUUAAGCCUCACUGGUUUUGCUGGAAGAUAUUGGGUAUUACACUGGAUAUCGAUAAUAACCAUAGACAUGUAAAGGUCUAUAUACUGUAUAGCAUUCUAUUAAACAUACUGGUAACCAUUUGCUAUCCAUUGCAUUUGGCAUUGCAGCUCUUUCGCAGUGACUCAAUGGCUGAUAAUAUUAAAAAUUUGGCUGUUUGUGUUACUUGUGUGGCAUGCAGUACAAAGUUUAUAAUUUAUUCCACAAAACUAUCCAUAAUACGGCAAUUUGAGCAAAUACUUGAACGUUUGGAUGCGCGCAUCAAAGAUGAUGUGGAAAAGAAUUAUUUUAGACGCAUGAGAAAUCGCUUACGCAAUGUUGGACUCGUGUUUCUGAGUGUGUAUUUGCCGGUGGGCAUAACGGCUGAAUUGUCUUUCAUGUUUCGUGAGGAAAGAAGUUUAUUGUAUCCGGCUUGGUUUCCAUUCGAUUGGUUACAAUCGACUGGUUGGUUUUAUGUGGCAAAUGUUUAUCAGAUUGUUGGCAUAUUCUUUUUGCUGCUGCAGAAUUAUGUGGACGAUACUUUUCCACCCAUGGCAUUGUGUAUGCUGUCGGGUCACAUUAAAAUUCUAUCGCUUAGAGUGGCCAGAAUUGGUUAUGACGAGAAAUCAUUGCAUGAGAAUGAAGAGGAGUUGAAUCGAUGUGUCGAAGAUCAACAGAGUUUGUAUGAACUAUACACCACCAUUGAAGACAUCAUCUCCUGGCCCAUGUUCAUACAAUUCGGCGUCACUGCCACAAACACUUGUGUUGCCAUGGCUGCACUUCUCUUUUAUGUUUCCUCACCUUUAGACAUUAUGUAUUAUUUUGUUUAUUUCCUGGCCAUGCCCUUGCAAAUAUUUCCUACCUGCUAUUAUGGCAGUGAUUUUCAAUAUCUAUUUGAUCAAUUGCAUCGUUCAAUGUUUGCCAGUAAUUGGACCGGUCAAACAAUGAAAUUCAAAAAACACAUGUUGUUGUUUACAGAGCGGUCGCUGAAACAGAAUGUUGCAUUGGCUGGUGGCAUGGUGCGCAUACAUUUGGAUACGUUCUUCUCAACGUGUCAGGGAGCAUAUUCGCUGUUUGCCAUCAUAAUGAGAAUGAAGUGA